AUGGACCCGGAGGACUUUACACUGCCGUUUUUACCAGAGUCUCCAGUAAUUUUAAAUCGAUAUGGACAAGCUGUCAAUGACACAAUAGGACCAGAAGGGGAACGUGACGAUUUAAUCCUAACAUGCCGAGUUACUGGCGGAUCACCGACACCGAAAAUAAAAUGGCAUGUUCCAAAUAUAACGUUUGAAGAAUCUAUCAAAAGUGCUGCUGAUGUUAUUGAAAAUAAAUUAACAAUGAGGUCACUACGGCGUGAAUAUUUAGGAUUUAAUUUCACCUGCGAGGCAUCUAAUACUGAUCUAGUUCCACCAAAAAGGAAAUCUGUUAAAUUAGACUUAAUUCUGAAACCUUUGACGAUAAAAGUAAACAGACCCGGUUCUGCAAACAAAAAUGAAUCUCUACAAGCCAAACAUCGAUAUGACUUGGAAUGUGAAACAACUGGUUCAAACCCGCCUGCGGUAAUAACGUGGUACAAAGGAAAACGCCCACUCAAGCACGUCAGCGAGGAAAGAAGUCAAAAUUUAACAAUUAGUAGAGUUGAGUUCGUCCCAAAUGUAGAAGACAAUCGUAAACCAGUGAUUUGCCGAGCUGAAAAUCCGAGUGUCAAAGGGUUAUUUUUAGAACAAUCAUGGACUUUGGACGUUGUGUAUCCGCCUCUUGUGUCAUUAAGUCUUGGAUCAACUUUGAAUGCUGGUGAUAUCAAGGAGGGUGAUGAUGUAUACUUCGAGUGUCACAUCAAUUCAAAUCCACCUAUCUCGAAACUUAUCUGGAUUCAUAACAAUGAAAUACUAAUGCACAAUACUUCUGCAAGAAUUAUUCAAUCAAAUCAAAGCUUGGUUCUACAAAGUGUAACGAGAAAUAGCGCUGGUUACUAUGCUUGUGCAGCAACGAACUCAAUACGGGAAACAAAGAGUGAACCACUUCUCUUUCGUGUUAAAUUCGCGCCAAUCUGUAAAGAGGAUCAAAUCAUCGUUGUUGGAGCAUCACGUGGUGAAUCCUUAAAUAUUAGUUGUAAAGUAGAGGCAGACCCGCCAGUACGCAACUUUAGAUGGAAAUUCAAUAACAGCGGGGCAACCCUUGAAGUAUCGCCCAAACAAUUUACGAUACCGAUGUCUGGUGACGCUGAUGGUGUAAGCAUACUAAAGUACACGCCAGUUACAGACGUUGACUACGGUACUCUCUCAUGUUGGGCGGAUAAUGAAGUCGGUACACAAGCUAGACCUUGUCUCUUUCAAAUUGUGACCGCAGGCAAGCCAUCUCCAGUACGAAAUUGCACUCUAGCCAAUCAAACGUAUACAAGCGUUGAAGUUAAGUGUAUUGCCGGAUAUGAUGGUGGUUUGCCUCAGAGAUUCGUUCUCGAGGUAUACCAUGGUAACAUUGAUUCGUUGCCAGACAGCAAACCACAGUACAACAUUUCUUCAAGCGACGAGCCAAUUUUUUCACUCUCCAGUCUAGAUGUUCCAGUUGAUGCUGGAGUACAUGUUGCUGUUUAUGCUGUCAAUGCUAAGGGCCGUAGUCAACCGAUUAUUCUUAGCGAAGUUACAUUUCGUGACGCUGAAAAACGUACGGGUCAGGAUACAGGGAUCGUAUUAUCUCCUCUAAUUGGUAUAGUCAUUGGUGCUCUUCUUACCCUUGUGUCUGUUGUCUUCGCAAUCGUUGUAAAAGCACGACGAGAACGAAUGUCAAAAUCACGCCAUGAAAAGCCUGGCGAACUGAGAGAAUUACCACAACAGCAAUAUUCAAAUCCAAGUCCGCAACAAACAGUGGAAACUGAUCCAGAUGUUAUCCCAAACAAAUUUGAGGGAAAUUUGAUGGAAGUAAGUCCACCAAGUUACCCAGAUUAUUCAUCAACACAUUGGGUAACACCUGGUCCAACACCAAGUAUUGACGAACUAUGUCAUAAAUUUACUGGAAGACCCACUGAACUACGAUUACCAUCAAGAAGUACAAUUCCAAUACUCCCCAACUCAACAAUUACAGGGGUUGUGGUUGGCGCUGGUCAAGGGGUUUUUGUUGCGGGAGAGUGUAUCGAUGGAGAAGCUAUUAAACGACGUCUUAUGGCCAACAGACUUCCCGAAAGUUGUGUUUAAAUAAAUAAUUACCAAAGCACACUGAACUUGGUUAUUCAUUGAUAUUAAUAAAAUAAAAUAAAGAAAGUCAUUCAAUUACAAAUAAAUAAUAAUGAUUAAACCUCGCGUGCUUCCAAUAAAUAAAUAACGCGAAAAUAUUUAUUGAAUUAUUACGAUUAAAUAAAUAAUUAUAUCAGAUUAAAAUAAAAAAUUAAAAAUUAAAUACUUGUUUAGUACAAGUAACACAUUCACUGAAUAAAUAACAACAAAAAACCAGAAAGUUAAUUAUGUAAUCGAGUGGGUGAAUUCGUCUUCAGGAAUUCUCGUGAACUGUACUUUCAUACUAUACUACUGUUAAAAGGGAUUUUCGAUCUAACGCGUUCGCUUGCCAAGUUCGAGGAACUCGAAGAUGGAUGAGCUAAACGCGUGAAACCUAGAUGGAAAAAUAAAAUAAAUAUAAUAAUAAUGAUAAAAUACCGUAAAGUAAAAUUAAAGAGA